AUGGCACUCUCCCCCAUCGCCUACAUCUCCCCCGGCUGCAGCGCGCAGUGCCGGCAGUGCGUCAGUGCCAAGGCGAACUCCUUCGCCUUUGCCUCCGUUCAGGGCAUCUCCCUCUACCGAGUGAGCACCACGAAUGUGACUAUCCCAACGAGCACGAGCAGUGACCCCGCGCAGGCGCAGACACAGUCGCUUGAAACGAUCGCAGUCACGGACUACCCGCUGGGGGCGCUGUUUGGCCACGGCGUCCACGCCUCGAUCACAGCCUUCUCGUACAAUGAGGACUACAUGGCUUGCCUGACGCCGCAGAACAAACAAGUUCUCAUGUGGAGCCUGAAAGAUGCGGAGACACUCACUGCGAGAAGGAUUGGCACCACUGCCCUCGCCGAUGCCUUCAAGCGCGAGGGCAACCCGUCCACCAUGUGCCUGGCCGGCAAGUAUCAUAUUCUCUGUGGCACCAACACAGGGCGGCUCAUCUCGCUCAACACGAACCUCGACCACGCCGAGCCGCACAGCGUCGUCAUUCCCCCAUCGCAGCAUCGAGUGAAUGCACAGCAGCCCCGCUCGCCACUGUCACCGAAGAACCCGUACAGUGCCGUUGCCGCACCUGGUCCUUUUAGCGCCCUCAACCCCAGCGGCGGGAGCAACACAUCGGCGGUUGCGGUGGAAUCGGUAGAGUGCAUUGCGGCAGCAACAGCGCGACCAGAGGUAGUCGCAUGUGGCACAUCGGAUGGUACGCUGUGCCUGUUGACGCUGAACGCGAGCACGGGCCUGCUGGUGACGGCCUCGCUGUGCCCGUUCCCAGCGAAGGAGAAGAGUGAGACCGCCCUCGACGUGAACCCGCUACCGGUGACCUCACUCGCCUUCGAGCCAACCUCUGCGCAAUACCUUGUCGUCGGCUCGCAGGACGGCGCGCUGGCGCUCUGCGACGUGAGCAAGAAUUCCAUGCUGCAGUCGUUUGAUGUCAGCAAGCUCGCUGAGAAGCAUGUCAGCUCCAUCGCCUGGAUCCCCGGAGAGGCGGGCGCCUUCUACACAGCCAGCACCGACAGCCCGGUGCUGCGCAAGUGGAGCGUCUCAAGCAAGUCGGCUGUCGGCAGCGUGAGUAUACUGGUAGCGCUCUCGCAGCUACCGCAACGGCACUCGGAUGCCUACGGUACGGCAGACAGGAGUGGCUCUGCCGUCGUGGAGGAGGGCGGCAGCUGCAGAACCGGCAUUCGCAGUGUGGCCGUCAUCGACCAGGCACGCGUUGUUGUCGGGCUCACAAACGGCUCCGUGAAGGUCUACGACGUGGCCCAGCAACGACUGGAGUUCGACAUCGUGACAGGCCACACCGACGCGACUCUCAGCUGCAAAUUAUCCAAGCAUGACCGCGAUCAAGCGGCGACGGGCGGCGUAGAUGGGAUGAUCCGCGUCUGGAACUUGCGCACGCUCAGCCAGCAGUGCAGCAUCCCGGUGGGGCCCGUGAUGGUGCACUCUGUAGACUGGUCGCCCAACGGCAAGCACCUCAUCGCUGCCCUCGGUAGCGGUGAGGUGGUCAUGUACUCCACAUCGACAAACCGCGAGUCGUGGCGCACACCGGUCUUCUCAGACCUUGUCUACCGCGUCUGCUGGGCCGCUAGUGAUUCUAGCCUCAUCGCCGCCACCUCCCGUAGCGGCGUCGCCGUGCUUUCUUCGAAGGAGGGGAAGGUCGUUCGGCGCUACCCCGCCCCACGGGCCGCCUUUUACGGCGUCGACAUCGAGCCUCUCAAGAGCAAGAUGAUGGCCGCCGGCUCGCAUGAUCACCGCAUCUACGUGUACAACCUCUCCAGCAGCAGCGAACGACCUGAGCACGUGCUGGCGGGGCACACAGACGCCGUCUGCGACGUUGCCUACAACCCAACAGCGCCGAGCUACCUCCUUUCCGGCAGCUACGACGGCACACUGCGCGUGUGGGACCUCUCAUCGAACGACGCGCACACUAUCUCCGUGUCGUCGCGGGCACUGAAAGGCCACGCUGACCGCGUGCGCAGCGUGGCCUGGUGCAGCCUGGCACCCUAUUUGGUGCUCAGCGGCUCCGCGGAUGCGACGAUUCGCCUAUGGGACAUCCGCAACGGCGUCGCCAUAACCACCGUGCGCGGCCACAACGCGGACGUGGUCGCCAUCUCGAGUCAUGUUGACCGUCCGCUCAUGUUCUUGUCCGCCGCACGGGACAGCACGCUGGUGGCGUGGAAUGUAGCCCUCCUGCGGCAGGUGUACCUCGACGCCGCUCUCGGCACCCUUGAGAACUGCAUUGCGGCCGACCCGUCCUCUCUCAUGGGCGUGGCCACGUCCAACGUGACCGUCUCGCAGGUGGCCGGAGCAGCGGUGCAGCGGCUUGCCAAGGAGCUCGCUGAGUGUGCGAGUAAACCGGCGGAGCGGCUUCAGAAGCUGGUAAGCUUCUUCGAGUGCCCGAACGGGGCGGCCGAGGUAGCAGAGAUGGCGCUCUACGUGGUAGACCCGACGGCGUACAAGGCGGCGGUGACAGAAGGGAAGACGGCUGCAACGGGACUCGUGGUGCCAGCGCCGAGCCUGCCAGAGGCGGUGCGGGCCCAUGCCACCUACACUAGCGAGCGUGCCCACAGCAAGUCCGUGAGCGCCGCAGGGCCGUCUUAUAAGAAACAGCGCCUGCUGGAGGCAGCCGACGAACUCUUACGCGUAGGCCAGCUAGAGGCUUACUGCAACGUGCUUCUGGAGGCAGAGGAGUGGGACCGCGCGAUUGCGGCAAGCCCAGCCAUCUCACGUGCCUACUGGCGCAGGGUCUGCGAGAAGGCCGCCGAGGCGAUGGAGGCGGCCGGCGACGCGCGAGCUGUGACCUACUAUAUCAUCGGCGAGCAUGCCCACAAGGCUGCGCAGCUGCUGACCCGCCUGUCGCAGCGCCACUACGACGCCGCUACAGUAGUGUGUCAGACGUGUCCACAGAGCACCGACGACCCACAGCAGCAGCAGCAAGCGAGUGAGCCACCGCACAACACCACUGUGGACGCAAACAGCGUGACGGCUGCGACGCAACAGCUGCAGCGACAGCGCGCAGCCGUACUGAAGCGCUACGCGAACCCACAACUCUUCGCAGCCGUCCUGCUUGCCUACGGCCACCAUGAUGAAGCUGUGAACAUCCUGCAACGAUGCGGCGAUGUCGUGCUGGGGCACCUCCUCGUCCACACAGUGCCGCUGCGUGAGCAGGCGAGCAUUGACACCGCCUUUCGGCUCUCGAUGCUGCAGAGUGCGCGUCAGCAGAAGUGGGAAACGGCCCUCCUCUGCGCUACACGUCAAUCGAACCCGUACGACGCACUCGCGACGGUGCUGGCGCUUUUUCAAACAGCGCAGGGCAAGCAGCUAGCCGGGAAGACGGCGGCGCAGUCGCUCACCUCAGGCAAUUUGUCCACUCUUCACGGCGUCAGCGAGCGCCUCAAAGCUUUUCACGAGCAGGUGCGGGGGGAGUGCGCAAAGCUGCAGUUGCCCCUCGACGCUGCGGCGAUCCAACAACGGCACGCGCACGACGGGUUGGCCUCGCAGAACCAACUCGCCGCUAUGGUGCUCGCGGCAGAUCCCUCCUCGGGCCCGAUAACCGACGGCGUCAUCCUGCAGAGUUUGAGCGGGUUUAUGGAGAACCUCCUGACAGUGGCACUCCAGGACAUCGACGGCGCGAACACGCCAUUUUACCUGCGCCAGGCGUAUAACGUGUCUGCGUACGUGUCGCUGCCGCUCGACACGCCGGGCAAGGUGGGGAGCAACCCCAGCAGCAGCGUCACCGUCCCCGCUGUCGUGUCUGCCAUGGCACCAGAGCACAAGCGCUUCUUAGCACUCGUUUUCAUCGUUGCAGCGCUUAUCACCGUGAAAGUGUACCGCUUCCCGAAGCUGCUGAAUAGCGCCUUCGCCAAGGCACGCGAGCUGGCCGCCGCUUCCGGCACCGCGAGCCUGAGCACAGUCCUCGCUAACGCGCAGGGUGCCCUCGGCACCUACUCGCCGCACUCGAAGGAGGUCGACUCCUCCUCCGUCGGCGGAACGCUGCCGGCGCUCUCGGGCGAGGGUAGACAGAUUGUCUCCGCCCUCACCGGAGACCCCGUGUGCGGCGCCGUCCACGUGUUGGAGGACGGCUCCUCAUAUAUUUCCAAAUCUGAGGCGCUCGCGUGGAUGCUGUGCUCGCACUUUUCUCCGCUGGCGAGCGGUGCACGGCUGACGGCGCUAUAG